AUGGAAGAGAUUUCAGAAGGGCAGACAGAAUUGCUGCAGGUUUUUUGUGAGAUCACAACUUGUGAUGUAGCAACUGGGAGAACAAUUUUGGAGUCAAGUAACUGGGAUCUAGAGAAUGCAGUAUCUCUUUACUUUGAGCAACAGAACAUGAAUACAUAUGAAGAUAACAAUUUUAAUGCUACUAGAGAAGCUAAUGCUAGUAAUGUAACAGGAGGUUUAUCUGGGAACUUUAAUGAGCAGGGGAUUUUAGUUAAUCAAGCGAAUGAAAGCAUAAGCCUAAGCAAUUUUAAGCUGAACAAGUUUUUCAGAAUGUUCUUCUCGGUUUGUAGAACAAGUCUGAGCACUAUCUUUGGAUUUUUUAAAACAUUAUUUUGCGUUCCAAAGUUAAAUAACGGAAUACAAGAUAACAUAUCAAUGAGAAACUCGAACAGAUCGGUCAUAACUCAGAUUGAACAAGCUCAGAUUGAAGAGGCUAGGAGAAUUAGAGAAGAGCAGGAUCUUGAGUAUAUGAGAUCCUUAAAUUUGGAUUCAAUGAGACAAGAGAAGGCGUUGGAGAAAAAAAAGUAUAAGGAUUUGAUUAAAGAAAGAAGAGAAAAAUUCUAUUCUGAGUUCCAAAAAGAAAGGGAAAUUGAUAAAGAGAGCUGUUCCAGAGUUUGUGUAAAGAACUCUGCAGGGAAAAAGUUUCAAAGGAACUUUCAUAAAGAUGACUCCGUAUAUGAGAUAUUCAAAUGGAUUGAUUCUCUUGGAUUGGACGAGAGCAAUUUAAUCUCAGACAAAUUCUCUCUAAGACUACCCCACUCCAAAUCUGUGGAAAUUGACGAAUCGUAUAUAGAUAAUAAAAUCACUAUAUAUGAAAUUGGAUUCUAUCCUAAUACUCUCCUACUUAUCAAUAAUUUUGAUGAAGAUUCUGAUAACUAG